GCCAUUCUCUUUGAUAGGAUAAAAGUAAAAAGGAAGAAGAAGAACGCCAUCAUUUACUUUCUGCAAAUCAGUAACGGAUAAGAGCUGCGCCAUGGAUUCCAUCAAAGGACAGGGAGGGAUUCAGAUGCUAUUAACUGCUGAACAAGAGGCCCAGCACAUUGUUUCUAGUGCAAGGAACUUGAAGAUAGGAGGAUUGAAGCAAGCUAAGGAAGAAGCUGAGAAGGAAGUUGCCUUAUACCGGUCCAAACUGGACACUCAGUAUCAAAAGAAUCUGUCCGAGACGGGCGGGAGCUCUGGGGCGAAAAGACUCGAAGAAGAGACCGAAAUGAGGAUUAAGAACCUGAAGGAAUCAGCCUCUAGAGUGUCCCCAGAUAUAGUGGAAAUGGUAAUUAAGUAUGUCAGGACCGUGAAAACCUGAUCGAUCAAGUUUAUCUAUCUAUUACUGACUCAGUAUCAGCCUGAGCCUUCAGACACUAUAACGGUCCAAGCAGGACCGGAGCCCAGCGCCGAAAGCCUGCCUCUGAUGUAGUCCCGCUUGUUCCCAUCAGUUCUUCUGUUCCCCCCUUUUCAUUUCUCUGUCUGGUGAAUUAUGAUUUACAAGACGAUGGAGUAAAAGUAAGCACUCCCGAGUUUGGUGUUCCUAUAUUUA